CCUCGCCUUGUCUUGAGCUCAAAUGCACUAUUUGUUGCUGCCUGGCCGCAUUACAUUCAACGUGCAGGGCCGCUCCACAGCAGAGCAACUUUUGUUGAGUUUUAUACUUUGGCCGUAUCUGAGUGCAACAAACUUGGGAGGUUUAGGUUAAUAGAAAGUUUCGUUUUUUUCUUCUAAGGAGCGCACCGCUGAUUAGGCUAGGACAAUAUUUUGUUAUUUUCAAAGCAACAUGCCUCAGCUCAGCAGCGGCGGAGGAGAUGAUCUCGGAGCGAACGAUGAAAUGAUAUCCUUUAAGGAUGAAGGCGAUCAAGAUGAGAAAAUUCAAGAAAACGCUUUCACAGAAAGGGACUUAGCUGACCUCAAGUCGUCUCUGGUGAAUGAAUCCGAGACGAAUCAAAGUCCGAACGCAGCGGCGGUCAGACGGGGACAGCAAAACGAACACAGAGGUUAUCAAGAGAAACACCGGGAGCAUCUCGACGGCGUUUCCAAACAUCAAGAUGGAGGGAUGUACAAAACAGCGUAUCCGGGGUACCCGUUUCUCAUGCUGCCUGACCCAUACAUCCCCAACGGAUCCAUGUCCCCAUCUUCCAACAAAGUUUCGGUGGUCCAGCAGUCUCACGGGAUGCACCCCCUGACGUCCCUGUUGCCGUACAGCAAUGACCACUUCAACCCCAGCCCCCCUCACCUGCCCACAGACAUGAGCCAGAAAGGCGUUCACAGGCCCCAGUCCCAGGACAUCUCAGGCUUCUACUCCCUACCUCAGGGCGGUGUGGGACAGAUGCCCCCCUCCAUGGGCUGGCAAAGUCAGCCUGUCUAUCCCCUGUCCUCAUGUGGAUUCAGACAGCCCUACUCCUCCAGUCUCCCCAACAGCUCUUCCUACCCCAGGUUCUCUCACUCUCUGAUGCUAGGGCCAGGCAUGCACUCAACAGGGAUCCCCCAUCCAGCCAUCAUGCCACCUUCAGGCAAACAGGAUCAUCAUGACCAUUACGACAGGAACGUGUACGCUAAGCCACACCAGGAGCCCAAGCGGGAGAAGGAGCCUAAGAAGCCAGUGAUCAAGAAGCCUCUGAAUGCUUUCAUGCUGUACAUGAAGGAGAUGAGGGCCAAGGUGAUCGCUGAGUGCACGCUGAAGGAGAGCGCUGCCAUCAACCAGAUACUGGGCAGAAGGUGGCACGCUCUGACCCGGGAGGAACAGGCUAAAUACUAUGAGCUGGCCAGGAAGGAGCGGCAGCUACACAUGCAGCUCUACCCCAGCUGGUCCGCCAGAGACAACUACGGCAAGAAGAAGAGAAGAAAAAGAGAGAAGCAGCAGGACUCCACCACAGACCCUGGCUCUCCUAAGAAAUGCAGAGCUCGCUUCGGCCUCAACCAACAAACGGACUGGUGUGGUCCCUGCAGGAGGAAAAAGAAGUGCAUUCGAUACCUUCAAGGAGGAUGGUGCGCCAGCCCCACUUCUUCCGAUGGAAGCGCUAUAGACUCGCCCCCUCCCCCGUCGACGGCGUCCCCCCUCAGCACCCCUCCCUGCCCAGCUCGCCCUCGCCUGAUUCCCCCUCACACAUCCCUCUGCACCCCCAGCCCAGCAAACAACACACACCCCGUAUCCUCUCAAAACCCAAGACCACAGAACUCUCUCUCAAAGCUUUAAUAGAAUCAUCCCAACAGCACGACAAUCUCAAUCAUCAUCAUCAUGACUGUACCCUGCCCAAGUCUCACUAGCCAGCCUCACC